AAUGCUGCAGCCAUGGCCUUGGCGUCCGAUCUUUGCAAUAUGGAUGAGUUGUGUGCCACCAGUGGUCUCCAUUUGCGAGGACGUCUCACUGGGUGCUUGGUGGGACGCAUGGCAACAACCCGGCGUUUCGGGCAUUCAACACCUGGCUCUGACCGCACGAGAUCGCUGUCCUUUCGUUGCUUUCAUCCGGAGGAUUCGUCUGGACAGGCCCAGUUUCCGCGUCUUGGACAUUGGUGCCGUGGGGUACCCGUGGAGCAUCCAUUCGGGGGUGGCGGAUGUCAUCUUCGAUUUUCAAGCCACCAAUUUGCCAAACUGUUUUUUGACAGAUGAAGUCGCGAGGGCAGAGGCUUGCUGUUCGUCCCUGGAUGACCAGUGCUUUGACAAACUUUUUACUCGUGAACGAUGCUGCCGAGGGAAGCAACCAGUUUUUGUGGGGAUGAUCGAUGGAGAUGUGACCAAUGUGGAAGGUGCCGGCUGGGCAAAAAUGUUUCGUCUGGUGCAGAUGACCGGGAAGUUUGACCUGGUGAUCACGUCGCACUUGUUUGAGGAUUUGACGGAUCCAAUGGUCUUGGUGCGGCAGCUGCCCAAAGUGGCUACUGCGGGUCUGGUGGCUGUGCCUUCCAAGUUCAACGAACUGGUCCGCGAACAGCACUACGUCCAGCAGCUGGCGCGAGGCCACCGGGGUAGCUUGCACCACCAUUGGAUCUUCACGGUGCAAGGGAAGGAGUUGCUGGCCAUACCCAAGUUGCCGUACCUGGAACAUGAUGAAACCUUCAUGGACUUGGAAAGUCUUGGGAUGGAAGAAACGCUGCGAGACAUGGCGCUGCUGUGGCGGCACGAGCUGCCAAUCGCCGUGCUCAACGGUGGCUUCAUGGGCCCCUCCGACGAUGCGGUGAUUCACAUGAUCCGCGAGGCGCUGCGAGGCCCUGAUGACGUGGAUCAGCUGGGAAAAUGCGGGGCGCCCACGGCUGAUGGCAGUUGAUACCCCUCCGGUGUCAUCAAUGGCGAUGGAAAAUCC